AGCCCAGAGGCGUAAUCGUUAUCAUUCCGAUUUGCAACUAAAACUAGAGUUUCUAUUGGACAAAUGCAGGUAUAUCCCGCCCCGUUUUGUUCGCUUCCGUUUAAGAAACGUUUUGUAACAGAAUCUGCGUAAAUAAUACGCUCGGAGAGAGAUAAGGCGUCGUAACACUGACGGCGUUAUGCGACACAGUCUGAUCGAUGGCUCCGUGCUACAAAACGUCCCGAACACUGGAAUUAUCCAAAUGUUGGGCUCGAACGCACCUAAACUCUUAUUACCGUAUAAAAUAAAGUAAACAACGGAAUACGUGUGAUGAAAUUAUCAGGAGCUGGUUUUCCGUUUCACUCGGUGUGGCGUGGCAGGCUGGGCUCGAUCUGUGUGUGGAUCACUUCCAAACUAAAUCAGUAACAGGACGCGUGUAAAUGAUUGGAUUUAAAGACCGUAACACACUAGUUAGCUAACGUUACUUCCAACUGCAAACAUGGAGACUAAACUUAAGACUGCAGCUCAGACUGCUCUGGACUUGGAGCGAGAAAGACAGUAUUGUGAACUUUGUGGGAAAAUGGAGAAUCUCCUGAAGUGCGGCCGGUGUCGAAACUCGUUUUACUGCAGCAAGGAGCACCAGAAGCAGCACUGGAAAAUGCACAAGGUGAAUUGUAAAGAAUCCGAGGUAAAACCACAGGUUUCAAAACAGAAGUCUGCUGAACCUCAGGCACCGUCCGGGGGGAUAGAGGGACAGACACUACCGUCACCACAACUAAAGACACGCGUCCAACCCGACAACACCGCAUCUCCGAGCGGAGAGACAAGAAUGAAAGGUUUUAUAACUAACGCAGAGUGCGCUGGCUCCUCAGUCGGGAAACCAGGCGGGUCGAACACCAAACCCAACGGACAGACCACCACCCGGUCCACGCCUCAGAAUCUCGCCAUUGAGUACAUCGUCCCGUGUAUGAUAAAGCAUGGGAUAUGUGUUGUUGACAACUUCCUCGGCGGUGAAACGGCGCUGGCCAUCUUGGAAGACGUUAAAUUGUUGCAUAAAACCGGGAAGUUUACCGACGGUCAGUUGGUCAGUCAGAAAACGGACUCCACUAAAGACAUUAGGGGAGAUAAGAUCACAUGGAUCGAGGGCAGAGAGACCGGAUGUGAGAAGAUCUGCUUCCUCAUGAGCCGGAUGGAUGAUCUGGUCAGACAUUGUAAUGGUCAGCUGGGAAACUUUACAAUAAAUGGAAGGACUAAAGCGAUGGUGGCGUGUUACCCAGGCAACGGGACCGGAUACGUACGCCAUGUGGACAAUCCGAACGGAGAUGGGCGAUGUGUCACCUGUAUAUACUACCUAAAUAAAGACUGGGACACCAACAUGGGGGUGUUCUGCGUAUCUUCCCAGAGGGUAAAGCUCAGUUUGCCGACAUCGAGCCUAAGUUUGACCGGUUGCUGUUUUUCUGGUCAGACAGACGGAACCCACACGAGGUCCAGCCCGCCCACGCUAUCAGGUAUGCCAUCACAGUGUGGUAUUUUGAUGCUGAUGAGCGAGCCAGGGCUAAAGAGAAAUACCUAACAGGAGCUGGAGAGAAAGGAGUGAAGGUGGAACUGAACAAACCAUCAGACCCCAGCUAGUGAGAGAGGAGAGCGGAGAAAAGAGAGA